UACAGAUUGAUUCGACAAUAGUGUAUAAUUUAGUUUUGCUAUAAAUUUGCAAAAUUUAAUUGAAUUAAAGUUUAAAAUGUCGGAAAAUGGGCUCGAUAAUGCGUAAAAAAACUCAGGUGUCAUUCGUAAUCCGGGACGAGGAGGAGAGGAGACACAAAAACGGUGUGAGUUCAUUACAACUCGAUCCGAUUCAGGGAAGACUUUAUUCUGCCGGUCGAGAUGGAAUUAUUAGGGUAUGGCAUACAGGUAGUGGGACGCAAGAUAGAUACAUCCAGAGUAUGGAACAUCAUACCGAUUGGGUAAAUGAUAUAGUACUAUGCUGCGGCGGAAAAAAUCUAAUUAGUGCGUCCUCUGACACGACUGUGAAAGUAUGGAACGCCCCGAAAGGAUUCUGCAUGUCCACUUUAAGGACUCACAAAGACUACGUACGAACUUUAGCGUAUGCAAAAGAUAAAGAACAGGUCGCUAGCGCUGGUUUAGAUCGAGCAAUAUUUCUAUGGGAUGUAAAUACACUAACUGCUCUCACAGCUAGUAAUAACACUGUAACUACGUCUAGUCUCGUCGGUAACAAGGAAUCAAUUUAUAGUCUGGCUAUGAACCCUCCGGGGACCAUUCUCGUCAGUGGUUCUACUGAAAAAGUAUUAAGGGUCUGGGAUCCACGAAAUUGCUCCCGUUUAAUGAAAUUAAAAGGCCACGCCGAUAAUGUUAAAGCAUUAGUUGUUAGCAGGGAUGGUACACAAUGCGUUUCAGGUAGCUCGGAUGGAACUAUAAAAUUGUGGUCGUUAUCACAGCAGCGAUGUGUUUCUACAAUCAGAGUGCACUCUGAGGCAGUCUGGGCGCUAUUAGCCACAGAAACUUUUAGUCAUAUCAUUUCUGGUGGCCGAGAUCGCCUUAUUAUCAUUACAGAACUUCGAAACCCUGACAAUUUCAUGAUUGUAUGCGAAGAGACUGCACCAAUACUUAAAUUAUGUUUCACAGCUGACCAACAAGGAGUGUGGGUUUCUACGUCCGAUUCUGAUAUACGUUGCUGGAAAUUGCCACAGCUAACGGCCUUAAGCACAGAGUAUAGCCAAAACAAUUAUAACACGAGUAAUGUGUAUCAAACACAGCCAAUCCAUCACAUACCAGGUGGUCGAGCAAUAAAACACUACACAGUAUUAAACGACAAACGACAUAUUCUUACUAAAGACACCGCAAACAACGUCGUACUAUACGACGUGUUGAAAGCGAGUAAAGUCGAAGACCUCGGCGAAAUAGAUUACGACGAAGAGUUAAAAAAGCAUUUCAAAAUGGUUUACGUACCGAAUUGGUUUAACGUUGAUCUAAAAACGGGAAUGUUGACGAUACACUUGGGGCAGGAUGAAACUGAUUGUUUUAGCGCGUGGGUGAGUGCGAAAGAAGCUGGUUUGACGACGGAGAAUGAUCAAAAGGUUAACUUUGGUGCGUUAUUGUUGCAAGCAUUGUUAGAAUACUGGAAUCAUCCGAAUAGAGUUAAUGAAGCAGGGCAAAAGGUUUCUGGCAAUAAUUUCUUCUCAGUGCCCUUACAUACACCUCUUAUAUUUAGUGAAGUUGGUGGAAGAACUUUGUAUAGAUUGCAGGUUGGCGACGCAGGCGGUGAAACAGAAGGCAAUAUAUUAUCAGAAACAGUACCAUCGUGGGUGGUCGACGUAGCCGUCGAAAUGGCAGCGCCAAAGUUGAACAAAUUACCCUUCUACUUGCUUCCACACUCUAGCUGUCAAAGCAAACAGGAUAGGCAGAAAAAGGAUCGUCUCGUGGCCAAUGAUUUCAUACAGUGCCGUAAGGUAGCUGAACAUGUGGUGGAGAAGAUCAUAGGCGGUGGUGAUGUGAACGGAGCUAGCGCUGCUAAAAGCGAGGAUAGUAAUACUGAUGCGCCUGAAGAGAAGGUGGAAUUGUUGUGUUGUGAUCAGGUUCUUGACCCCAACAUGGAUCUACGUACAGUCAGGCACUUCAUAUGGAAAUCGAAUGUUGAGUUCACACUACACUACCGAAUAAUAAAACAAUGAUCGCAGUUUUUCAUUAAAGGACACUUUAAAACGUGCUGCUCUAUUUACAGGUUAUUUGAGUAAAGUGCGUGUUAUAUGCGAUCCAAAUGAGAAUAGGAUCGAUUGAGCGCCAUGUUGUGACGUCAUAGGUGUUGGUUUAAGCUGAAUAAUAAAGUAGGGAUAUAUUUUUAAAUUGAUGUAAAAGUCAGGCAAUGUGGAGGAAGGAAGGUGGAAUUUCUUCAUCGAAAAAAGGAGGAUGAUGAUGUGAAAGGCAAAAUAAUAUGUAUAGGUAAUCGUUAUUUAUGUGCAAAAAGACUUGCUAAGUAUUUUUUCCUAAUAUUUUUUUUUAAGCGGGCCU